GAAUAUCGUGUUGAAAACAUACAUUAUUUAACUGCAAGUUAGCUUCCUAGCUAGCUGAGACGUUUCAGCUGUCAGAAAUCUGACAAGGAGAGGAGAGACAUGGCCACAACAACUUGUACGCGAUUCACGGACGAAUACCAGCUCUACGAGGAGCUUGGAAAGGGAGCAUUUUCCGUUGUGCGCAGAUGUGUGAAGCUGUGCACUGGACAAGAGUAUGCUGCCAAAAUUAUCAACACCAAAAAACUGUCAGCAAGAGAUCAUCAGAAGCUGGAACGUGAAGCUCGAAUCUGUCGGCUUCUGAAGCAUCCCAAUAUUGUCCGACUUCAUGACAGUAUAUCAGAGGAAGGAUUUCAUUACUUGCUGUUUGACUUAGUCACUGGAGGAGAGCUGUUUGAAGACAUUGUAGCCAGAGAGUAUUACAGUGAAGCUGAUGCCAGUCACUGUAUUCAUCAGAUUCUAGACAGUGUCAAUCAUAUUCACCAACACGACAUUGUCCACAGAGACCUGAAGCCUGAGAACCUGCUUUUGGCCAGCAAAUGCAAGAACGCAGCUGUCAAACUAGCUGACUUUGGCCUGGCCAUUGAAGUGCAGGGAGACCAGCAAGCCUGGUUUGGAUUUGCGGGAACACCAGGAUAUCUGUCACCUGAGGUUCUAAGGAAGGAGGCAUAUGGCAAACCUGUGGACAUCUGGGCUUGUGGUGUGAUUCUGUACAUCCUGUUGGUUGGCUAUCCUCCAUUCUGGGAUGAAGAUCAACACAAACUGUAUCAACAGAUCAAAGCAGGAGCCUAUGACUUUCCAUCUCCAGAGUGGGACACAGUCACCCCUGAAGCCAAGAACCUUAUUAACCAGAUGCUAACCAUCAACCCAGCCAAGAGAAUUACUGCUCAGGAGGCUCUGAAACACCCAUGGGUCUGCCAACGCUCCACCGUGGCCUCAAUGAUGCACAGACAGGAGACAGUGGAAUGCCUGAAGAAGUUCAAUGCCAGGAGGAAACUCAAGGGUGCUAUCCUCACCACCAUGCUGGUGUCACGAAACUUUUCUGUGGGCAGCAGGCAGACCACUGCUCCGGCUACAGUGACUGCCGCUGCUGCUGCUGUAGCUGCAGCAGCAGGAACUACUGCAGGGCUGGUGGAACAAGCAGCCAAGAGUUUGCUCAACAAGAAGGCCGACGUCAAGAAACGGAAGUCCAGCUCCACCGUUCAGUACAUGCCCCAGACAAACAGCACCAAAAACAGCAUAGUCACCAGCCCUAAAGGAAACCUUCCCUCUCCUGCACUGGAACCUCAGACCACUGUCGUUCAUAAUCCAGUGGAUGGGAUUAAGGAGUCCUCAGACAGCAGCAAUGCCACAGUGGAGGAUGAAGACAUGAAAGGGAGGAGCCUAGAGAGCAGCAGCACAGUAAAGAGCCAAUCAAGCACCAGCUCUCAGCCUGACUCCGCCCAACCACCCCAGGGCCCUUCCCCAGCCGUUUUCUCUACCAAGCUGACAGACCUGUUGGGUUGUGUGCGUAAGGGGUCAGGACCCCUGUCUGAUGGAGAGGCUGGAGCCAGCUCCCUCCAGACCACCCUCUCUGCCCCCUCCCCUCCUCAAACCCCAGUCACUCCCAUGCAGAUGUCCCGUCUGACAGACGUUGUGAGCAGUGUGCGUAGGGGCUCUGCCCCUCCUGCAGAGACAGAGGCGGGGCCUAAUAAACCUGUUUCCUCCCCUAGUCACCCUUCCCCUCCUCCCCCUGUGCCCUCCUCAAGCCCCUCUCUGCCAGUCCAGUCACGGAAACAGGAGAUCAUCAAGAUCACUGAGCAGCUGAUUGAGGCCAUCAACAACGGAGACUUUGAUGCCUAUGCUAAGAUCUGUGACCCGGGCCUGACCUCGUUUGAGCCAGAAGCACUGGGGAACCUGGUGGAGGGGAUAGACUUCCACCGGUUCUAUUUUGAGAACUUGUUGUCUAAGAACAGUAAGCCCAUCCACACGACCAUCCUGAACCCUCACGUUCACCUGAUUGGCGAGGAGGCCGCCUGCAUCGCCUACAUCCGCCUCACGCAGUUCGUGGACGGGCAGGGCCGACCACGUACCAGCCAGUCAGAGGAGACUCGCGUAUGGCACCGCAGAGACUCCAAGUGGCAGAACGUUCAUUUUCACUGCUCGGGUGCCCCUGCGGCACCACUCCAGUGAAGGGACAAACUGCUGUAGCCACGUCUAACAAGAGUGCCCAGCCAGAGAGAAAGAUGGAAAGA